AUGGCUGGUCAACAAGAACUUCCAUAUCGGCGUCGAGAUCUCAUUGACACGCGCAAACGCCAACGCUCUGCAAGCCCUACACCCAUACCUAACAAGAUGGCGCGCGCAAUCCCAGGCGAUGCCGAACUCCGCCGCAUCGUCUAUGGUCACCGCAUCCCAAACUCCAUCUUUGAGCGACUCGAAUCUCGCUGGAUCGAGUUGAAGGAUGAGGCGGCUAAACACGCGAGAGAUGCGGCCAGCAACGCGAAAGAAGCCUCCAAGUCCGCGGCUCGAGGCAUCGAAAUCGGAAAACGUUGCAAUCAGAUUCAUGAUUUGAAAACUGAGAUCGAGGGGAAGGAGAAAGUGAUGCGAAAAUUACAGGAACGUAAUGGGGAGUCUGGCAAGUUGAGGGCGGAGAAGAAGGAUUUGGAGGAGUUUAUUGAGACUCAGAAUCAGUUGAUUGAAAUUGGGACGAGUGCGUUGAGGGAUCAGAGGAUGAAGGUUGGGAGGUUGGAGGAGGAGAAUGAGGGGUUGAAGGGUAGGGUGGAGGAACUUGAGACGGAAAACGGUCACUUUCAGGAUCUUGUUGGUCAGAUGGGUGAGGCGGAAGGUGAGGAACUUGUGGGGCUUGCGCUUGAGGCUCAGGCGAUGAGGACGUUGGGGAUGGUGAAGGGGCUUCAGAGGGAGGUUGAGGAGAAGGAUGCGAGGGAGGCCAGGCGAGUGGAGGAGAUUGUCAGGUAUGAACAGCAGAUUCUUGAGGAGCGAAGGAAAGUCACGGAGGCGGAACAGAAGAAGCAGGAGCAGGCUAAGCUUAUUGAGGAGUUGAGGGAGGAGGUUGAGGCUGCAAGGCUGAAGGCUAAGGAAGCUGAGAAUAUUGCUGAGGAAGAGGGACGGUUGAUUAAGAGGUUGUUGGAGCUGAAGUAG